CCACCCACACACACACACACACACACACACACACUUCUCUCUGUGAUAUUUGCGAGUCGUUCAUUGGUGCAUCCCGCUAAUGUGUCGCAACUUUUGGUGGAUUACCCUAGAUCUUUCCGUCUACAGGUGUAGGGAGUGUAGUGCCCGUCCUCCGUCACCCCAGUCUCUGCGGCGUCUGGCAAGUAACAGCAUCAUCAGGAACCACAAAGAGUUAGGCAGGUCUGCGUCGUUUACAGUAAAGCUUCCGUACUUUGCACUAUCUGGUUUAUCAGCUGGGGGAGAAAAGUAACACGAAAAGCGAAUGAUUGCAAGACUGCUGUUGAUUAUUUCGUUCCAGUCAGUCGCUAAGAUGAGCUCGUAUACGCAUUGCAAGCUGCACUCGAUGUUGCUGUCAACUUUGCUGGUGCUUGCCGUCUUAGUGGUAGAGAUAUUGGCCGCUGUGGCCAACGGUGUGGACGCAGCUACCUGCGGGUCUUGUGAAAUGCAGACGAUAGACAAGGGCUCGGAAGAGAAACUGUUGAUCGAAAUAGCCAAGCAGCAGAUCCUAAGCAAGCUGCACCUGAAAGAACGACCGAACAUCACGCAAACCGUGCCAAGGGCUGCUCUGCUCACCGCUCUCCGGAAGCUUCACGCGGGACGCGUCCGACAGGAUGGCACAUUCGAACUGGAGAACAACCGGCAGAGCGCACGUGCAAAAGAUCAAGGCUACGAAGUCGUGAGUUUCGCUGAUACAGACGACCCAGACUCCAACAGCGUGCGCCGCAGCCUCACGUUCCAGUUCGUGCAGGAGCGCGAGCAGAACAUGCAGGUGCUGCAGUCAGCCCUGUGGCUGUACGUGCACGCACCCGAGGCCCCCUCCAGGGACUCCCGCGCCACCGCGCAGAUCUACCUGUCGGGCCCGGGGAGCGGAAACCGCACGCUGCUCCUGCAGAAGACCCUGGAGGUGCAGCGCGGCGGCUGGCACACCUUCCCCAUCACCCACGCCCUGCAGGCCUUCCUGGACGGCGGGCAGCGGCGGCUGAGGCUGGAGGCGCUGUGCGACGGGCCAGAGGGGCGGGACCUGUGCGCGCAGGAGGGCGGGGCGUCCGAGUCCGCCCACCGGCCCUUCCUGGUGGCCCAGGUGCGCCCCCGGGAGGAGGACGAGUCGGGCCACGCCCGGGGGAAGCGCUCGCUGCGGUGCGGAGAGGACGUCAGCAUCUGCUGCAAGAAGGACUUCUACAUCAAGUUCCGCGACAUCGAGUGGCACGAGUGGAUCAUCGCGCCCGAGGGCUACCACAUGAACUACUGCAUGGGCAAGUGCCCGCCGCACCUGGCCGGCUCCCCGGGCAUCGCGUCCUCCUUCCACGCCACCGUCCUCAGCCAGCUGAAGGCCAACGGCAUCCACACGGUGGUGUCCUCCUGCUGCGCGCCCAUCCAGCGCCGCCCGCUCUCCAUGGUCUACUUCAACUCGCAGCACAGCAUCGUCAAGACCGACGUGCCCGACAUGAUCGUGGAGUCCUGCGGCUGCACGUAGAACCCGAGAGAGAGAGAGAGAGAGAGAGAGAGAGCAAGACGGACAGGUUCCCAGGGCUUGAGUUUCAAACCGGGGCUGUGUUCACACGUAAGCACAAGAGUCUCUAUGCAAACCUCCCACAUUUACUCUCUCUCUCACACACACACGCACACACGCACACACACACACACACACACACACAGGUGAAAAAUCCCUUCAUACAUUUACGUGGACUGUUAUGAGGAAUUGCCGCAAGGCUUAAACGCCAAGUACGGCAAGUAAGCACUAUUAAGGCAGAAAAUGCUUUAAAAAAAUGGAGCCUUCGUCUUGAGCACUUACUCUACAUGACUUUACCUUUGUUGAUAUGUUAGUUACUUUAGACCUGUGAGCUGUGUUUUAUUUGUUUGUCUGUUCAUUCCCUUGGCUGCGUGUUGUAUGAGCUGUUGCUGAAGGAGGCGUUAUGGGGACAAACUAUGUGGUGCCUCAUCUGAGAGGAACUGCAGAGAGAAAGAAGUUUCUAGAAAAGGACUGAAUUUGUGGGCCAACCCCAAAAAAAAAAGCAUUUUGGCUAGCUGCCGGGGUGGGGUGCAUGGAUGCUGCUAUACCCCCCUCCACAUACUGCACACAGGUACAGGGGCUUACCCCAGAAAAAUGGGAGGGACUUCCUCAGACCCAUUGGUCACACUUCACCCUGAAAGUCACAGUAUGUGCCAUUGAAUUCCAUAUUUAUUGAUCAAAUUUGUUUAACUGU